AUGACCUCCUUCGCCCAUCGUCCUGCGCCAUGCGACGCGCUGCGGGGUCUCGUUGAUGAUAUCUCUCAGCAACGGUUCUCUAUGAGCAUUGAGACUCUACGGAUGCUGCAAGAAUCCUUGCAUCUUGCCCAUGCGCUCGUACAAGAAGCCAUAAACACACGCUGCUCCGUCGACAGGCUCCCGCCCGAAAUAUUAGGUCACAUAUUUUCCCUGGUCCCCAGCAGCCUUCCAACCCAUGGGUUCAUGGCGCCGUCUUCUGCACGACACACGUAUGACCUCCCCCCGCUAACACAAGUCUGUCGUCGUUGGCGGGCGAUCGCGCUCGAUGCGUCCUCUCUCUGGUCGACUAUAUGCGAGUCGUCUCCAACACAUACAGCGACGGGUGUGUUCCGCGCCCGAGCACGACGCGCCCUUCUAAACGUGUACCUAGAUGGUACGCACGCCAGCACCGUACUUUCAAACAUUCUCGCCCACGACGCGGACGACAUCGCGGAACUACGGCUAUGCGGCCUGCAGAACGUCCCUACUGCCCGAUUGGCGUCCGAGUUCCUCGCUUCUCCCGCGCCGAAGCUCAAGCACGCUGCGAUUCGGUGCCGGGCGAGGUAUAGCGGCUCAGAAGCUCCUGCUGCCCUCACGCCUGUCGCCGAACUCUGGAGCGGGAUGGCUCCGAAACUCGCAACGCUGGAGCUGCAUGACGUCCCCUUCAUACCCUCAAAUUCCUUCCAGUCUCUCACUGUGUUCACGCUCGUCUGGGAAACUACACCCGUCGAGUGGGCGCUGUCUGACCUUUUCGCGCUGCUAGGAGGGGCACCGUCGUUAGAGCGUAUCUCCUUGCGCGGACUUCCUUCCGACCUUCACCUGCGUAACUCGCCUUCACCUGACGCUUCCACGUCGAUCGCCCUCCCCUGUCUGCAAACCCUAGAGAUCGGCGACUGCCGCGGCCCAGUUUGUUCGGUUCCCCUCCUCCGCCUUUUCCUCGCGCACCUCGCGGUACCAGUUGGGGCAUCCAUACGCCUGUACGGGCUGGACGCGCGCCGGCUAUUGGACCAGCUCGACUUCGCGCCCGCGAUCUUCCAUGCGGACGACAUGCGAACGCGGCUUACGAUCGACAUGUCGUUCACCAUGCUGACACUGUCCCUAUCCGAUUUGGGCUCAACAUCCUCCUUCUGCUUAGAGCUCGGAACGGGCGGCGCGACCAAGGCGGCGCUCGCGCAGGCAGUUACGGCCUUUGCACAGGGAUCCGGCGUCGCGCCAUCCGUGCGCGAGCUCGUCGUACGCAGUCAACGGGCGUGGGCAUCUUGGUGCGAACCUGCGCUACUGCUCGCCCUCCUUCCACGAGUCAGCAUACUGGAGCUGCAAGAUGCCCACCUCGCCUCGAGCGUCGUGGACGCCCUACGGCCGCCCAUGGUGGAAGGAGCGGCGGGCGACGUUCCGUGCCCUAAUCUAGCGACCAUGCGCUUUCCACCUCUCGACCCGGAGCUUGUGCAGAGGCUCAACUUGGUAUCGAAAGAUAGGGCGUCAUGCGGAGCUCCCGCACUCCAUAUACCAGCCGGCCAUCAAGAGCCCCAGGCCUUGGUCGAUGUCGCAGGCGACCUCUGAGACUUCCGCUGGAAGUCACAUCCUCCAGCGUACACUUUCAUCCUCAGUGUUCCUGCCGAAGUGUACAUUACCGAGCCGCACAACUUCCAAAGCGUCGGGACACAAUAGUAAAGUAAACUCCACGAUAUGCAUCGUCGUAACCACAACCGUGACACUAGUACACUACUCAAACGUUCCCGGAGAGUGCACAUUGACUCCCCGUGCGAACUCACACAUUCGUCCUAUUGUGAACCGUAUUUGACACGCCCUUCAUUGACUUUUCGUCCCCCAAGCGCGGUCACGGCCGUCGACCAUCGCGUCUACCAGGCGACCCGCAAGCGCCCAUCCUUUU